CCCGGGGGCGCGCGGGAGGCGGCGGCGGCGCGGGAAGGGGAGGCAGCGGCGCCGGGAAGAUGAACCGGAGUUUCAACAAAUCUCAGACUCUGCGGUAUCUGGAGUGCAGCGCGGUGGAAGUGAAGAGUAAGUUUGGGGCAGAGUUCAGAAGGUUCUCUCUGGAUCGCUACAAGCCAGGAAAGUUUGAAGACUUCUACAAACUAAUUCUUCACAUUCAUCACAUAGCCAACCUGGAAGUGAUGAUCAGAUAUGCUGAUGUGCAUGGAGACCUUCUCCCUAUUAAUAAUGAUGAUAACUUCUUCAAGGCUGUUUCAAGUGCUCAUCCACUGCUCAGGGUUUUUGUCCAAAGACAAGAUGAAGUGGACUACAGCAAUUUCGGGACCAAUACACUGUCAAGGAAGAAGAAGGCUCUGGUGACACUGCGCAAUGACACCCUCCGCCGACGUCCCCACAUCAACAUUAGUAUGCCUCAUGAUUUUAGACCAGUGUCUUCCAUAAUUGAUGUGGACAUUCUCCCCGAAACACACAGGAGAGUGAGGCUGUAUCGACACGGGUGUGAGAAACCCUUGGGGUUUUACAUUCGUGAUGGCACCAGUGUAAGGGUGACUCCUCACGGACUGGAAAAAGUUCCUGGUAUCUUCAUCUCCCGUAUGGUUCCUGGUGGCUUGGCAGAGAGCACAGGCUUGCUGGCUGUGAAUGAUGAAGUCCUGGAAGUCAAUGGCAUUGAAGUAGCAGGAAAGACUCUUGACCAAGUCACAGACAUGAUGAUUGCCAACAGCCAUAAUCUCAUUAUCACGGUCAAGCCAGCAAACCAGAGGAACAAUAUUAUUCGGAGCAGCAGGAUGUCUGGUAGCUCUGGCCAGUCUACAGACAGCACUGCGAGUCACCAUAGCUUGCCUACACCCCAUGUGCUGCAGAACUUCCACCCUGAUGAAAUGGAGAGUGACGAAGAGGCUGACAUUGUCAUUGAGGGUGGUCUGGAGCCACAACACAUUCCUAAACUGCACAGCCUUACUUCCAGUAGCCUCUCUAGAAUCAAUGGCAGCAGCCUUAGCCACAGACUUCAAAGGGACCUGGUGCUCAACAACAGCUCUGGCCGAGAAAGCAACGGCAACAUCCACAAAUUACUAAGUUCUUUAAAAACUGAUCCCAGACACAGUCUGGUUAUCCCCAGGGGAGGUAUCGAGGAGGACGGAACAGUCAUUACACUUUAGUAGCAAUUUCUGCAAUUCUCCUUACAGUCUUAAGUGCCAAUUGGGACAAUCGACUCGUGCAACACAUGCACGAAACAGGGAGCUGAUAUAUUCUCACAGACCUCACGGGUGCAGAAAAUAGUUGCUUUCUAGGAAAUGUGGCAUCUGGAGUUAGACAUAAAACUGUCAUGCACUGCAAAAUUUGUCAGGAGAAAGCUAGAGUGCAAAACCUGGUUAAUGUCCCAGCCCUGAAGUGAGAACACAAAUUUGUUUUAGUUGGUAUAAACCUAAGCAGUCUUACAGGCUACCCAUAGCAGUGUUA